AUGCCGGCGGAAAGCAGUAAUAUGGAGAAAGACUCGUGCUUUCCAAAAAUCAGAAUUAGAUACGAUAGAUCAAAACAACAGAGUGUGAUUUAUUCUAUUUGCAUCUAUUUUUCAUUUUUCAUGAUUGGCUGGAAUCGUAGUCUGUUCGGUCCGAGUUUUCCCGAUAUCCAACAGAUUUGCCACAUCGAUCUGGAGCUGGGAUCGUGGAUUGUUACAACGUUUUAUAUUGGCUACGCAUUUGGCGCCCUUAUUGCUGGAUUGUUAGGGGCAUUUAAUCAGAAUUUGACAUUUGGAUUUUCUCUCAUCACAUUAGCGACUUCUGUUGUUGUAACUCCUUGGUGUUCUGUGUAUUGGAUAAUGAUAGCAGCCCACUUUUCACAAGGAUUUUGCCAGGGAGUCGUAGAUACCAUCGGGAAUUCUGAAAUUCUACGUAUAUGGAAGAACAAUCGUUUGCUGUACUUCUGCCUUGAGCUAAGCUAUGCCAUCGGGUGCUUCGUUUCACCUUUGGUAGCAGCUCCAUUUCUCAUGGAUACCCUAGUAAACCAGACUUCGCUUACCAAUAUCUCCAUAGUAUAUAACGUGACUACUUUCAAUGAGAAUUUCCGUAAUAUUUCUAUAGCAGAACUUUUACGAAACGCUUCUUUUAGCCCUAAUCUCGAUAGCGUGAAUACUUCCUCAGUCGUGAUUCCAUCGGCUACAUCUUUCCAAUCAAUGAUUUAUAUUCCUUACUCACUGACCGGAAUUCUUUUUAGUUGCUUAUCAACUUUCUUUUUCUUGAUUUAUGUUGUUGAUAAACGCGAACGUACCCGUCGUUCACAAGAAACAAAUAUAACAGAAACAGAUGACCACUCGAAACACGAAACAAAAGGAAUAUCUGAACAAGUUUCUGGACCGAAUUCCGGAUGCAAUCCUAUAGCUAGAGUACUCCCUACUAAGGUUAAAGUUUUCGCUUUAGUUACAACAAGCAUUCUUUUGCUUUUUUAUGAUGGGAUAGAAGAAGCUUUUGCUGCCUUUCUUACUUUAUACUGUGUAGAUUAUUUAAAAUGGACCUCAUCAGAUGGCGCUUUGAUAACUGCCAUGACCAAUGUAUGUGGUAUCAUUGCCAUUAUCGGUUCCUUGUUUAUGAAAUGUAUCAACACCAUUGUGUAUGCAGGUGUCAACUGUGUUUUAAUAUCGCUUUCCUUUUUUGGCAUAUUGAUAAGUUCGCUGUAUUAUUACGACAUAGGUAUGUGGAUUUCUUGUUGUUUUCAUGGUUUCUUUAAAAGCGUCCUAUUUUCCCUGACUUUAACUUGGGCCAAUGAAUAUAUAACGCCAGUGACAGGAAGGAUUGCGUCUGUGUUUAUGAUUUCUUGUUGUCUGGGCGCAGCAGUAAAUCCGGUGAUACUUGGAUAUAUAAUGGAGACGUAUGGUAAUAUAUGGUUGUGCUAUUGUUUUGUAGCUGAAGGGUGUGUUGUUCUCUUCUUGUAUUUUGUUAUGGUCGUCAUCACGAGGUAUAUCGUGAAACAUUUCGGUAAAACUUCGGAUACGUCAAAUACAUAUGAAACUGCAAUUUCAAUGAGGGGCACGGUUAUCGAAGAGUUUGAAAACGAUGAUGAUGAUGACUGA